AUCUGCAUCGGCUGCUGCUUCCCGUCGGCCGCCUUUUCUCUUCGUCCCUGCCUCUGGUCGGCUUGGUCCUAUUUAUUUCCAUUGCCCCGCGCUCCUGCCUCCUGCUCAUCUCUGUCGCUCCCCAUCUGCAUUCCCGAGCCAUGGGCUUCCUCGACAUCAUCAUCAACCACUGGCGCUCCACGGACUAUGUCCGUAGCGAGAAGCAGCUCCAGAGCGAGACCAAGCUCUUCCUGGCUGGUCCCAUCCCCUUCAACCGCUACUAUCUCAUGCCGGCCGCUGUCCUGAUCCAGAUCUGCUGUGGCUCCCUCUAUGCCUGGUCCGGCUACAACCUGCCCAUCGAAGCCUACAUCUAUGGUCUCACCACCCCCGCUGGUGUUGAUCGUGGCAUUGCCUCCAUCACCUUCUACAUUGCCGUCGCCGUCUUUGGCUACACCGCUGCCCUCCUUGGCCCCUGGCUCGAGCGCCAUGGCCCCUUCCGUGGUGCCAUGCUCGGCGCUGCUCUCUUCUUCUUUGGCCAGCUCGUUACCGCCCUGGGCUGCUACGUCAAGCAGAUUGCCGUUGUCUAUGUCGGCUACGGCAUCUUCUCUGGUGCCGGUCUCGGCAUUGCCUACAUUUCGCCUGUCUCGCCCCUGCAGAAGUGGUUCCCUGAAAUGCGCGGUAUCGCCGCCGGUCUCGCUGUCUGCGGCUUCGGUGCCGGCAGUAUCAUUGCCCCUUACGCCCAAAAGUACCUGAUCGGUGUCGAGUACCAGACCAACCUCUCUAUUGGCGUCGUUGGCCUGCCCCUCACCUUUGUCGUCCUGGGCUCGAUCUACUUUGUCGUCAUGACCCUCGCUGCCGUCAUCCUGCGCAUGCCUCCCCCUGGCUACUGCGUCAAGAACAUCAACAUCGAGACCAUCAAGGGUGCCGAGGCCAUCCCCACCAACAUCGACAAGGGUGACAUUGCCGUCGAUGUCGCCCCCGUCAAGUCGCGCUCCCUCAAGAUGACUCUGAUCGACUCGCUCAAGAGCCGCGAGUUCCUGAUGAUGUACUUCUUCUUCCUGUGCCACCAGAUCACUGGUCUGCUGAUCAUCUCCAAGAUCCAGUCCAUCGUCCAGAACCAGUUCAAGCAGUCGGCUGACACUGCCGUCAACAUCAACGGUGCCCUCGGUGGCUUCAACCUCCUCGGCCGUCUCCUGCUCCCCUUCCUGUCGGACUUCUUUGGUCGCAAGGGUAUCUUUGUUGCCACCUCGGUCAUCCAGGCCGUCUGCCUCGGCCUCCUGCCCACCUUGAUCUCGUCCCAGAGCUAUGGCGUCUUCCUGUUCUGCGCCUUUGCCAUCGGCAUGUGCUACGGCGCCGGCUUUGGCAUCAUCCCUGCCUUCCUGGCCGACCAGUUCUCGUCCAAGAACGUCGGCGCCACCCACGGUGUCAUUCUCACUGCCUGGGCUAAUGCUGGUGUCAUUGGUGGCAUUGUCUUCACCGCCGUCUACAACUCGGAGAAGGCCUUCUGGGCCCCCAACCUGAUCCCCAUCUACAACCUCAACUUCCGCUGGAUUCUCGGCUUUGUUCUCCUCGGCUUCCUCCUCUGUGUCAUGAUCCCUGCCCAUCUUGCCGACCGCAAGCUCCCUUACAAGGAGGGCGAGAUCCACCGUGUCCGCGCCUUUGGCUCGCUCUACCGCAUCUACAAGAACUUCAAGAUCGAGCGCGUCAGCAAGCAGCAGAUCGAUGCCGAAUGGGAGGCCUAUCUGUCUUCGAACUACUAAGUCGGCUCGCCCACAAUGCGGCCGGAGGAAGGGGGAGUUGCGCGAUGUCGCAGCACCAAACAACGGCCGGGUGUUUCAUCCGCUGGUCCGCGCCCGCCGUGCCCUUCUUUGCAUCCUUUCCCUUUGACAAACACCCACCACCUAUCUAUCAGAGGAGGGAGUCCAUGGCACUCUCGAUUCAUUGCACUUUUUUUAUUUCUCAAGCAAACUUUUACGCUUUGAUGUUUGCUUUCAUCACUAGAACAGCAAUCAGUCAGUACCCUUCAUCUGCAAGCAGGCUCCUGAUCACCUCUCCAGCCUGAGCUCCUCCUUGCCCACGCACAGGUUCCCUAUUUCGAAUGCUCUUUCAUCUGACAAAAAUACAUUUUCUUUGGACUCGAA